GAGAGAAGCCCAGACUCGUACUACAUAGAGCACCUGGACAGAACGGCCUCUCCGUCCACCAGCAGCAUCGAUUCGGCCAGCGAGCCUCGGGAGCGCAGCGUCCGCGGGGAGAGCAUCCUGCAGAGGAUCCAGCUGCUGCCCGGCAACGAGCAGUGCUGCGACUGCGGCCAGGCGGACCCCCGCUGGGCCUCCAUCAACCUGGGCAUCCUGCUUUGCAUCGAGUGCUCCGGCAUCCACAGGAGUCUGGGAGUUCACUGUUCGAAGGUUCGCUCUCUCACACUGGACUCAUGGGAACCAGAAUUAUUAAAGUUAAUGUGUGAGCUUGGGAACAGUGUCAUCAACCACAUCUACGAAGGCUCAUACCAAGAACAAGGUCUAAAGAAACCAUUACCGACCAGUUCAAGGCAGGAGAAGGAGGCUUGGAUUAAAUCAAAGUACGUGGAGAGGAAAUUCCUGAAGAAGCUGUGCUCCACAGAGAUCCUCAUCAACGGAGAGAGGAAGUCGGAGCGGAGGUGGAGCGUGAAGAAGUGUCGGAGGCACAACAGCGCCACCACGGUUCCUAAAACACGGCGGAGGUAUCGACACGACAUAGGAAGCAUCUCCCCGUCCACCCUCUCCUCAGCCGCUGCUAAGUUCAGAAGAGAAUCUCUGUUUUGUCCCGAUGAGCUCGACUCUCUCUUCUCAUACUUUGACACGGGAUCUGGGCCUCGAAGUCCCGCAGGCCUCAGCAGUGACAGCGGUUUGGGAGGAAGCACCGACGGCAGCUCGGACAUCCUGGUGUUCGGAUCGGUGGUGGGCAGCGUCACCGAGGAGUGCGAGGUGUCGGAGGACUCGAGCGGGGAGGCGGAGCCUGAGACGUCAGACCCCGAGGACCUCAGGGAGCUGCCCCCCGGGGCGCUGCUCUGCAAAGCCUCCAAAGCCCGAAACCUGCCCAUCAUGGCUGAAGCGCUCGCUCACGGGGCCGACGUCAACCUGGUGAACGACGAAGACGAAGGGAAGACGCCCCUCAUCCAGGCCGUCAUCGGGGGUUCACUGAUCGCCUGUGAGUUCCUGCUGCAGAACGCUGCUGACGUCAACCAGCGGGACGCGAGGGGGAGGGGCCCGCUGCACCACGCCACGUAUCUGGGACACACGGGGCAGGUGUGUUUAUUCCUGAAAAGAGGAGCGACUCAGAACGAUGAAGAUGAAGAUGGCCAGGACCCUUUGAGUAUAGCUGUUCAACAAGCCAACGCGGAUAUAGUCACACUGCUGCGUCUGGCCCGGAUGAACGAGGAGAUGCGGGAGUCGGAGGGACCCUUUGGACAGCCAGGAGAUGCCACAUACCUCGACAUCUUCCGAGAAUUUUCCCACAUGGCAUCCCACAACCCGGAGAAGCUGAAACGAAGGAGUGUUCACUUCAGGCACUCCUUCAGGUAGUCGGUAAAUAAGCAGAGGAACACAACGAUGUACUUGAAAAGUGCAACAGCCACUUUCCAUAUUCUCACAGUUACUAUCAAACCUUAAAGAAAAAGCAUAACGUGUUACAAGUUACCCAGUCUGUUUAUUCAGCAGAAAAAUUCACAUUUUAAUCCUUUUAAGUGAGAAAUCGUUCAUUUUUGGAUGCUGUUCGCUGGUCAUUAUCCUUCAAUUUCAUAUCAAUAUCAUACAGUAGCAUUAUAUCCGCAAGAGUCUUGUGCUGUUCUUGGAUCAACGUUUUAUAUUGAAAUGAGGAUUUUGCUGGUCUUGUCCUCUUAAAUGCUUUUACAAAUAAAUAUAGCAUUGCUUUUGUACAGUGUUAGAUACAAAUUGUUUGGAUAAAAUGUCAAGCACUUGUUAUUUUCUUUAAUCGUUGCCAUUUCUUUGCUGUAUCAGUUUCAUUAUUCUGAUUCAUUGAAGGAUUUAUUUUACAUAUACAUUUGUGUGUGUGUGUGUGUGUGUGUAAUGCAUGCAUUUACUCCCAUUAUAUUUCAUACUUGAAUUCAGCUAUGUUGUAUGGAUAAAGAGUGUCAUUUCAUCAGCUAUCAUCAACAACCAUGAAGUUGCAGUAUUACUUUCCGUUUAUUUUGUUAUGAAAUGUUGUGUUUUUUUUUGCAUUGACUAUGCUGGUGUAGUCUUUGUAUUACUUUGUGUAAUUUGCAGUACCACUAUGAAAUGCAGUGCUUAUGUUACUGUAUGUGUUGUAGUAGCACACUUGAUAAUAUAUCUGUAUGACUAUGAACAGGAAUGCACGUGAAAGAUGGAUGAAAAAUAAACUUGUCUGUGUUUACACAAAAUGCA